GAAGGAACGUUCCAGUGCAGUCUAGUGAGUCUAGUGCAGGAAUAGAAAACAAGCCUACAUAGUAUACAUUUUAUGUAAAAUUGAGUUUUAUUGGGAUUGUAACCCGCGAAAAGAUUACGAGACUUGAUAGCGUUUGUAUCUCAUAGCAUAUUGCGAGGCACAGUGCUUCUUCUUUUUCUUCUUUGUUUUGUUGGUACUCGUUCCCAGGCAUUGAAAGCAAAAGCAACGAUAUGACCAUUACUUGUUGAAUCAAAGUAAGCUUUUAAGAGUAUAAAAGUGGAAUCGAAGAUCUAAUUAACGCGUAACAUAAAGCUAUAAUAAUGAUUGCAUCAGCAAUUCUGCAGAAAAAAAUUGUUUAGUAAUGAACAUACGUCCGAACACGUAACGUAACGGCUCGAAACAAAGUGCUGAGACAGCAAGAACUUCAAUAUUUAGUGCAGGCUCAGUCAGGCCACGGCUUUGAUCAAAUCGUUUCAGACGUAAUUAAUGUAUCUGUAAAACUACGAAGUGAUGGAGAAUUUGAAAAGAGCCUUUGACGAGGAGCCCAAAGUACUCGUACCGGUUUUAAUAAGAAAUGACACAAAUGAGUGCAUAUGUAUUAACAAAAAUGAGUUUAAAAUUGGACGUGGAAGAGAUAAUGAUCAGAUUAUAAUGAAUUUCUUAAUAUCUAGACAACAUUGUGUCCUUAAAUGCGAAGAUGAAGAUAAUUGGACGAUUGAGGAUUUAAGUUCUAAUUCAACAUUUGUCAAUAAUGUUGUGGUUGGUAUUGGCAAAGUACAAAAUAUCUAUCCUGGUGAUAUCAUACAAUUUACUCCUUGCAAAAGGUUUCAAUAUGUAUUUAGUCUUAUUGAGAGAGGGCAUUACGUUAAGAACCAAUGUAUAAAUGAAGAAAUAGAAGAUAAAUUCUUGCUUGAAAUAAUCAAGAAUAAGUACAAAAGUUACACUCAAACAAUGUUAAUCGCAAAGGUGAAAGAACUCAAGGAGUUAAAGAAAAAGUAUAAGAAGCGAGUUAGGGAGUUAAGGAUUGACUUAUCAGAAUGUCGUAGGUGGCCUAAAGCAACAUUGUUAGAGACUCAACUUAAGAAAUUAACAGCCAAAUUGGAAAAUUCUUCAAUAAGCAAAUAAUAAAAAUCUUGAUGCUAUUGAGGAUUACAAUCUUCAUGAUAACGCAAAUGUUGAAAAAUCUUAUUUGAAUCAUCAUGGACUUUUUUAACAUUUGCAUUAUCAUGAAGUUUUCAAUUUGAUCAAAACCUAUCAUCUGAUGAAUCUACAUUGGAAAAUGAUGUAUGUCAAGAAAAUUCAACAGAGGUGCUGAAAAAUCCAGUAGUCAAUUCCACAAAUAAACAGAGAAUUAUCUAGAAAGUGUGUAGAUUUUAUUAAAGAUACUAAAGUUAUCCAAAUUUAUUAAAUCUCCAUCUCUAGAAAGAUGAAAGAAAAUCGAGUAUUCUAUUAUAAGCUUUAAAGAUAAUACGAAAUAGUUUUUGAUUAAAUUUAUUUUUUUUUUAUUUUAUUGUAACGUUUUUUUGUUCAUUGAUUUAUUAGUAGUUCUUGGUUCAUUUUGAUUCUGGGUUCAUUUGUUUUUGGUUCUAUUUUUUUUUAUUUUAACAUAGGUCAUUAAUGUUUCAUAAAAUAAUUGUUUAUUAUAUUUACAUGAAGAAAAAAUUAUAUAUGUAAAAACACUAAAACAAUUAGUCGAUAAGACAGAUGUAUUUUCAAAGUGUACAAUUUAAUAAAGAAUACACGAAUUACUUUUCCAAAA